AUGGUUGUCAACAUGGCAGCUGUUUUAGUAUUUUUGUUGUUGUCACCUGUGUUCAUUAUGGAAGGAUGGGGAGCACCUUUCAUUGUGAAAUCAUUUCGUGCUCCAGAAGCCAACAUAAUGUUUAACCAUUUGGCCAUCGAUCACUCCACUGGCUACAUCUACAUAGGUGCAACAAAUCGUCUCCAUCAACUGAGUUCAGACUUUGAGUUGCUUGCCUCUGCCACCACAGGCCCUCAAGAUGACAGCCCUGAGUGUUCUGUGACCCGAGAAUGCCCCUCUGGGACAGAAAAGACCUCAAUUGAUAAUGUCAACAAACUCCUCCUCCUUGUGGAGGGCAAGGGACAGCUCAUUGCCUGUGGGAGCCUCUUCCAAGGCUCGUGUGAGGUUCGCAGUGCUCAAAACAUCACUCAUCUCAUCCGAUCAGUACAAGAAGCUGUGGUGGCAAAUAAUGCAACUGCAUCCACUGUCGGUUUCAUAGCCAAAGGUCCCUCACGUACGUAUCCUCUGGUCCUUUAUGUUGGAGUCACGUACACUGGGAAUUCACCUUACCGUGCGGACAUCCCAGCUGUUGCAUCCAGGAGCCUGGAACCCGUCCAGAAGAUGUUUAAACUGGCUCAAAUGGGAGUGAGCGGAGGAACUAGGAUGUUUGUCAAUGCUGUCUACAGGGACACCUAUCCCAUUCAUUACAUCUAUGGAUUCAGUUCUGAGGGCUUUAGUUACUUCCUCACAGUCCAAAUGAAAUCUCCAACUGUUACUCAAUACAUUUCCAAGUUGGUUCGAAUCUGCCAAAAUGAUCCUGAUUAUUACUCUUACACUGAGAUCCCAGUGGACUGUACUGGAGUAAGUGGUCAGAAUCAGAUCCAAGGCAAUGAAUCCAGUGGGGGAGCCCCUGAAACAGCCAUUCAUUACAAUAUUGCCCGAGCUGCAUAUCUUGGGCAUGCUGGUGGAGAGCUCUCAGGACAGUUGGGAAUCACAGCCCAGGAUGAAGUUUUGUAUAUUGCCUUCUCCAAGAGUGACCCCCCAGAAACCAUAUCACCUGGGCCUCACUCUGCUCUCUGUGUCUAUACUCUCAGGAACAUUCAACAUAGAUUUGUUCAGAACAUCAAGAAAUGCUUUAGUGGCGAAGGUGAAAGAGGUCUUGCAUUCAUCUCUCCAAGCCAGGCUUGUCUUCAUACUGUGAGUGUUAAAGACUUCAUGAAUGAAAAUAUUAUUAGAAAUGCAUCUAAUCACUAUCAAGAGCAUUGUUAUUUAUGCAAUCUCUCCCAUUUCAUUUAUGUCUGGAAGCUGACCAUAGAUGACAACUUCUGUGGGAUUGAUGUAAACACCCCUUUGGGAGGGGAUCAACCAGUGAGCUCUGUCCCUGUCAUCACAUGGCACGAUGGAAGCAGGAAGUCAUAUCCAACUGCAGUUGCUGCCACACCUGCUGGAGAUUCCACUGUUGUCUUUGUUGGGACUGCUGAUGGUCACCUUAAAAAGGCAUGCCUAAAUAAUUUGGUGGUCUUGGAGAGCCCAGAGUCAGGCUUGGAAUAUGCAUCUCUUGCCAUUGAUGCAGGGAGUGCUUUGCGUUCUGACAUGGUGUUUGACCAAGAGAAGUCUCCAGAACACAUCCUUGUGAUCACCAGGUCAAAGUUGAGCAAGGUAAAGGUUCAGGAGUGUGAGCUGUAUGGUAGCUGUGAGGAGUGUUUAGGAGCACGAGACCCAUACUGUGGCUGGUGUUCCAUCAACAACAAGUGCACAGGGCGGUCAGCUUGCCAGGAUCGUAUGCAGUAUUGGAUCCCAUACGGACGAGGAAGGUGUACUUCCAUUUCUUCUGUGAAUCCAAAGCAGCUGCAGAGGACCACAGCUAGAAGGUUGAGCCUGGAGAUAGAGAACCUGCCUGAGUUGAAGGGGCCAUUUGUAUGUGCAUUCACGGCACAAGGGAAAACUCUGGAAACAAAUGCGACCCGAGAAGGAGGUGGAAGUGGGAAUGGAGAAGUACAUAGGGGGAAGACUACGAUCUCAUGUGCAACUCCGAGGACUGAUCUUCUCCCACCCAUCCUUCCAGGACAACUCUGCCUUGUUCCCUUAGAUCACUUCACUUCUUGGCUAGCAGUGCGCACAGAGGCUGGCUCGGAUGUAGUUGGGACUAACUUCACUUUCUUUGACUGCAACACCUAUGCAUCAUGUACAGAGUGUGUGAGCAGCCCAUUCCCUUGUGACUGGUGUGUAGAUGGCCAUCGUUGUACCCAUGACACAGCUGAAAACUGCCGCAACGAUGUCCUCGUCACUGGACUGAAUAGAAUCGGUCCUAGCAUCCGUAGUGGGCCUGGAUUCUGUCCACGUAUCAAUGCAUCUGACACAGGAUCUUCUCAAUUGCUUGUAUCUUCUGGGACCAAGAAAGGAAUCCGAGUCAGAGUGGACAACAUUGCUCAAUUCAUUGUGCAGACAAGAUUUGUGUGUCAGUUCAACAUUGAGGGUCGAGUACGGAGUGUAAAUGCUCAGCUCCUUGGGGACAUUAUCUACUGUGAUGAGUUGAAGUUUGACUACAAUGCAGCAUUCCCCAAUGUCUCUGCAUCAUUUGCUGUCAUCUGGGGAAGCUCAAAGCCCCUUGACAAUCCAGAUAAUAUCCAUGUCUUGAUCUACCGGUGUCGUGAGAUGGCCGAUAACUGUGGGCUGUGCCUGGCCCUGGAUGAGAAGUACAACUGUGGCUGGUGCCAAUCUUCAAGUCGGUGUGAGAUCCAAUUGCAGUGUGACAAGGGGAAGGGAGCAUGGCUGGAUCGAGAUGCCACUUGUCCCAAUCCCAAUGUCACGGACUUCUAUCCCCAUUAUGGACCUUGGGAAGGAGGCACAAACAUCACCAUUGUUGGUGUGAAUUUGGGAAAAAAUUUUCAAGACAUCCAUGGUGGGAUCACUGUGGGUGGGAUACCCUGUGAUCCUUUUGCAGACUCCUACAUCAAAACUCAGCAGGUGACAUGCAAACUGGAUAGCCCUGGGACAAAGGUGUUUCGUAAAGGCCCUGUAGUGGUGAAGGUGGCUGACUAUCGAGGAGAAUCGACUCGUAGUUAUGAGUUUGUUGAUCCAUCUGUGGAAGGAAUCUCACCAUCAAGAGGUCCUCUCUCGGGUGGCACAGAGGUUUCUAUCUAUGGGUCAUAUAUGGAUGCUGGAAGCCAUGUGUCAGCCUUUCUUGGGGAUCUCCCUUGUCACAUUGUGUCGAAAUCGAGGGAGGAGGUACGUUGCAAGACAUCAUCUUCUCUGGAGCUGAAGAAGGCUCCUGUGAGAGUCCGCUUUGAUGACGGGGAAAGGAAGGAUGGAACAUACCAGUAUGUACAAGAUCCCAAAGUUAUUGGAGUUCAUUCAGGGCCAAUGAGUCAGGUGAAGAUCCCCCGUGGCAUUCCUUCGGGCGGCAUUGGAAUUACUGUCAUUGGGGAAGGGCUUGAUGCCAUCCAAAAACCACUCUUCUAUGUUUGGCACAAUGGCCAGAGAUUCUCUCGGCCCUGUGAAGUGGAAAGUGCACAGAUGAUGAGGUGUCGGAGUCCAUGGAUCCGAAUUGGAUCCAUGGAGGAGCUGGAGGAUGGAGAGGAAGGUCAUCUUGAUGGAGAUCGUCCUCUGGAGUUAGAUUUUGGAUUCAUUAUGGACAAUGUGACAACAGUCCAGAAUCUCUCAUCCAAUCGAGAUAUGGACCAUUUUCUGUUGUAUCCGGAUCCUGUGUAUCAGGAAUUCCCUGAAGACAUCAAAUAUUAUAAGAGUGAUUAUCUCACCAUCAAUGUGAGUCUCUGUCCUCUGGACUUUCCUUUUUUGUUUCAGUAUGCUGCCUUCUUCAUGCUUGUUUCUUGUUUUUUCUCUUCAAAGGGAGCGAACCUUGAUCGUGCAUGCCAAGAGUCUGAUGUGAAGGUGUGGAUAGGAAACGAGGAAUGCAAGGUGACGUCUCUGUCCCGCAAUCAGCUGACCUGCAAACCCCCUCCACAACAACCUCCUCCCCUUGACCAAUCACAUUCCCUACCUCAAGUUGUGGUGAUCGUUGGUGGGAACCUAACAUAUCGACUGGGGAGCCUGAGUUACUCAUCAGGCACAACAUUAGCACCACCAUUGCCUCAGGGUGCUCUGGUCGGCCUGGCUGUCGGCGGUGUCAUCCUCAUCCUCAUAGUCAUUGGCAUCAUAAUCAUGUACAGAAGGAAGAGCUCAGAGAGUGCCCGUGUCCUUCGAUCCAUGCAGGAACAGAUGGAUGUCCUUGAGCUCAAAGUUGCUGCUGAGUGCAAAGAAGCAUUUGCUGAGCUGCAGACUGAGAUCACAGAUCUGACAUCAGAUCUGACAUGCGGAGGGAUUCCGUUCCUUGACUACCGCUCCUAUGCCAUGAAGAUCCUAUUUCCCAACAUGGAGGACCACGCGGUCGUGCGUCUACGGGGAGAGCUCCCCGAUGUGGAAACUCGAGAGAAGGGACUGCGUCUCUUUGGCCAGCUUCUCAUGAACAAGAUAUUUUUACUGCUCUUCAUUCGAGCCUUGGAGAGCAACCGAUAUUUCUCAAUGAGGGAUCGUGUCAAUGUAGCAUCUCUCAUCAUGGUCACUCUCCAAGGGAAGAUGGAAUAUUGCACAGACGUCCUCAAGACCCUCCUUGCUGAGCUCAUUGAACGAUGCAUGGAUGGCCGUUCCCAUCCAAAACUCCUCCUGCGACGCACUGAGAGUGUGGCUGAGAAGAUGCUCUCAGCUUGGUUCACAUUCCUCCUCUACAAGUUCUUGCGGGAAUGUGCAGGGGAGCCCCUGUUCCUCCUCUAUCGAGCCAUGAAGCAGCAGAUUGACAAAGGACCUGUAGAUAUAGUCAGGGUCCUGGAUUGUGACACAAUCUCGCAAGUGAAGGACAAAGCAUUGGAUUCCAUCUAUAAGAGUACCCCAUAUUCACAGCGUCCUGCUAAGGAGGACUUGGAUCUUGAGUGGCGAACAGGGACUUCAGGGCGACUCAUCCUAUAUGAUGAAGACUCUACCAGCAAGGUUGAAAACAGCUGGAAACGCCUGAACACACUCUUCCACUAUCGAGUCCCAGAUGGUGCAUUUCUGACCCUCAUCCCAAAGCAGAGCAGCAUUUACAAUCUGGCAAGCACCCUCCAGUUGGAGACUCUUAAGUCGCAUAAGUAUGAGACAUUGAAUCUUCCACUUGGAAAGAUGCCUAGUCCCCCGAUGUCACGAGCCACUUCUCCCCUCAACAACGAGUCUCCCGAUGGCCUCGGGAUCGGGAUGGGAACCUCCUCGUCUUCGGGUGGAAAUCCCCACCUUCGCACGUGGCACCUUGUCCGCCACUCAGAGCAGGACAAGGAAGGGAACGAUCGAGGUAACAAGAUGGUCUCCGAGAUCUACCUCACCCGUCUUCUUGCAACCAAGAUUUGUGACUGUCUCAAAAGCAUCCCACAGCCAGAACUAAGAUGUGCUCUCAUUUUGCCAUCUGUCAUUAUCACACUGCAGAAGUAUGUAGAUGACCUCUUUGAGACGAUCUUCAGCAUAGCCCAUCGGGGAUCAGCACUCCCACUUGCCAUCAAGUAUCUGUUUGACUUCCUUGAUGAUCAGGCAUUGCAACAUGGCUUAACUGAUCCUGAGAUUGUUCACACGUGGAAGAGCAACAGCUUGCCACUGCGAUUUUGGGUGAACUUGAUCAAGAACCCUCAGUUUGUGUUUGACAUCCAGAAGAGCCACACAGUGGAUUCUUGCCUAUCAGUUGUUGCCCAGACAUUCAUGGACUCCUGCUCCACCUCUGACCAUAGACUAGGAAAAGACAGUCCAAGCUCCAAGCUCCUCUAUGCCAAGGACAUCCCCGUCUACAGAGACUGGGUGGAGCGGUAUUAUGCCGAUAUUGCCACCAUGCCUGCCAUCUCGGAUCAGGAUAUGAGUGCCAUGCUAGCUGAGGAAUCUCGAAUGCAUUCGAGCGAAUUCAACACAAAUGCAGCCAUCCAUGAGCUGUACGCAUACGCCUUCAAAUACAGCGAUCAGCUGAGGUAUGCUCUGGAGGAAGAUGAAUUCUCACAGAGGCAGCGUCUGGCCCACCGACUGGACCAGGUCCAUCAGCUCAUGACCGGGGAUGCUGAAGCUUGAUCUGAGAGGCUUUCUUUCAUGUGAUAUUCUUCUUCUCCUACGGUACACCGCUCCGUAUUAUUAUAUACACACGAAAUGAGUAUUAAUUUUAUUUCUUUUUACGUGAUGGUAUUGUCGACGUGAAUGCACGGAUGUUUGCGGUGCAAGUGCACAAAAGGAAGAAAGUUGUUUUUCCUUCCUCUUUGCAUUUUGGUGUUUGCUGUUUACAGAAAUGGGAUUUGCUCAAAAACGACUUUUCCAAUGUCCUCUUUCAGUGUCCAGUUGUUCUUAUUGCUCUCCCUUGCCUUUUUCACGAUAUUAUUGUCCAUGGAGGCGAAGAAUGUGGUGCCAUAAGGAGGAAGCCAACUCACAACCUGCUUUUUAUCGCAAGUAUUGGAAAACCGUGGGAGGAUAAUUAUGCAUUUAUAAUCCCCAUCACCAUUUUGCUGUCUUUACAUUUAAUCUCUUUAUUUUUUUGUCUCAUUGCAUUGUCAAUGUCUUCCUCUGAUCUCAUUGUAAGGUGUGUGACUUAUAUGACCUUGAUAUUUCCCUUUCUCCCAUGACAGAGUGAGAAAAAGAGAGGGCAAAGUGCAUUCAUUGAUUUUUCCCCACGUGUGGCAGCUCUCAUUCCUUUCUUCCCCCUCCCUCCCUUUUUUUUCCAUCUCGUGUCUGUGAAUGCACGGGGGGAGAGGAGAGACCGUGGUGAAUGAAAUAAAUUUCUG